UUAUCUUUUAUUAUAACUUAAUUUUUGUAUAAAGUAAAAAAGUCAUGACUGAAAAAAAAAGAGUACUUAUGAUCUGUUUAGGAAAUCUUUGUCGUUCUCCUAUAGCAGAAGCAGUUUUUUAUGAUCAAAUAAAUAAGUUAGGCUUAAGUGAUUCAUGGGAAGUAGAUAGUGCAGCUAUUAUAGGAUAUCAUAUAGGUAAAAACCCAGAUCAUAGAUCAAUGUCUAUAAUAAGAGAAAAAGGUAUCACUGAUUAUUCUCACAAAGCACGACAAAUCACAAGAGAUGACUUUUUUAAAUUUGAUUGGAUACUUGCAAUGGACAAUAGUAAUAUUAAAUAUUUAAAUAGUAUGAAACCUCCUAAUACUACUGCUAAAAUUGAACUUUUAGGAAAAUAUGAUCCUGAAGGAGAACUUACAAUUCGGGAUCCUUAUUAUGAUGUUCACAUUGCUGGAUUUUAUAAGGUAUAUGAACAAUGUUUGCGAAGUUCAAAAGCAUUUUUGGAAAAACAUAAAAAUAAAUAAUCAGAUUGAAGCUUUAAAGUAAUUUAAAUGAUAUUAUUGAAAUAUCAUAUAUACAUAUAUUUAAAAAUUCUUAAAAAGAAUAAAUAUUCAUUACAAAAUU